AUGAGAGCAGCCAGGGUUCUUGAGAGUUUAGGGAAAUCGGUUAACACCAGCAAGCAAAUAGGACAUGUUUCAGGAAUUGAAGUUGGUGAUGAAUUCCUUUGGAGGGGUGAGUUGAGUAUUGUUGGGCUUCACCAUGGUUUUCAGAGAGGGAUUGACUGUAUGAAAUUGAUUAACGAUAAAAUCAUGGCUACCAGCAUUGUUGAUUCUGGUCGAUAUGAGAAUGCUGUGGGGAUUACUUCUGACAAGUUGAUUUACUGUGGCGAAGGUGAAAAUCCUGACAUUGGUGGGCGUAAGAAACCAAAUGAUCAAAAGCUUGUAGGUGGAAACCUUGCAUUGAAGAACAGUAUGGAUGAUAAAAUGCCUGUCAGGGUGAUUCAUAGGGUGAUUCGUAGGUUUAACAAUAAUUACUGUGGCUACAAAUUUGUUUAUGACGGAUUGUACCGUGUGACUGAGUUUUGGAAAGAAAAAGGGAAAUUUGCAUCUAGCAAUGGAAGGAGAAAGACAGACCUUGUUACUGCAGGCAAUAGUUUUGGUGAAGUUCGCAACGGUCUAAUGGACAUUGCAACAUAA